AUGGCGAGCGAGAAGCCGGGCCCGGGCCCGGGGCUCGAGCCUCAGCCCGUGGGGCUCAUCGCCGUCGGGGCCGGAGGCGGAGGCGGCGGGGGCAGCGGCGGUGGCGGCAGCGGCGGUGGCGGCAGCGGGGGCAGUGGGAUGGGAGAGCUGAGGGGGGCGUCCGGCUCCGGCUCGGUGGUGCUGCCCGCGGGGAUGAUUAACCCUUCGGUGCCGAUCCGCAACAUCCGGAUGAAAUUCGCAGUGUUGAUUGGACUCAUACAGGUCGGAGAGGUCAGCAACAGGGACAUCGUGGAGACGGUGCUCAACCUGCUGGUUGGUGGAGAAUUUGACUUGGAGAUGAACUUUAUUAUCCAGGAUGCUGAGAGUAUAACAUGCAUGACAGAGCUUUUGGAGCACUGUGAUGUAACAUGUCAAGCAGAAAUAUGGAGCAUGUUUACAGCCAUUUUACGAAAAAGUGUUCGGAAUUUACAGACUAGCACAGAAGUUGGGCUAAUUGAACAAGUAUUGCUGAAAAUGAGUGCUGUAGAUGACAUGAUAGCAGAUCUUCUAGUUGAUAUGUUGGGGGUUCUUGCCAGCUACAGCAUCACUGUCAAGGAGUUGAAGCUUUUGUUCAGCAUGCUUCGAGGAGAAAGUGGAAUCUGGCCAAGACAUGCAGUAAAAUUAUUAUCAGUUCUUAAUCAGAUGCCACAAAGACAUGGUCCUGAUACUUUUUUCAAUUUCCCUGGUUGUAGUGCUGCGGCAAUUGCAUUGCCUCCUAUUGCAAAGUGGCCUUAUCAGAAUGGCUUCACCCUAAAUACUUGGUUUCGUAUGGAUCCAUUAAAUAACAUUAAUGUUGAUAAGGAUAAACCUUAUCUUUAUUGUUUUCGUACUAGCAAAGGAGUUGGUUACUCUGCUCACUUCGUUGGCAACUGUCUAAUAGUCACAUCACUGAAGUCUAAAGGAAAAGGUUUUCAGCACUGUGUGAAAUAUGAUUUUCAACCACGUAAGUGGUACAUGAUCAGCAUUGUCCACAUUUAUAAUCGAUGGAGGAACAGUGAAAUUCGGUGUUAUGUUAAUGGGCAGCUGGUAUCCUAUGGUGAUAUGGCUUGGCAUGUUAACACAAAUGAUAGCUAUGACAAGUGCUUUCUCGGAUCUUCAGAAACUGCUGAUGCAAAUAGGGUGUUCUGUGGUCAACUUGGUGCCGUGUAUGUAUUCAGUGAAGCGCUCAACCCUGCGCAGAUAUUUGCAAUUCAUCAGUUAGGACCUGGAUAUAAGAGCACCUUCAAAUUUAAAUCUGAGAGUGACAUUCAUUUGGCAGAACAUCAUAAACAGGUUCUGUAUGAUGGGAAACUUGCGAGUAGUAUUGCAUUUACAUAUAAUGCUAAGGCCACUGACGCUCAGCUAUGCCUGGAAUCAUCACCAAAGGAAAAUGCAUCAAUUUUUGUUCAUUCCCCACAUGCUCUAAUGCUCCAGGAUGUGAAAGCUAUAGUAACACAUUCAAUUCAUAGUGCAAUUCAUUCAAUUGGAGGGAUUCAAGUACUUUUUCCACUUUUUGCCCAACUGGACAAUCGGCAGCUCAAUGACAGUCAAGUGGAAACAACUGUCUGUGCUACUCUUUUGGCAUUCCUGGUUGAACUACUUAAAAGUUCAGUAGCCAUGCAAGAACAGAUGCUGGGUGGAAAAGGCUUUUUAGUCAUUGGCUACUUACUUGAAAAGUCAUCAAGAGUUCAUAUAACUAGAGCUGUCCUGGAGCAAUUUUUAUCCUUUGCAAAAUACCUUGAUGGUUUAUCUCAUGGAGCACCUUUGCUAAAGCAGCUUUGUGAUCAUAUUUUAUUCAACCCAGCCAUCUGGAUACAUACACCUGCAAAGGUUCAGCUUUCCCUAUACACUUACUUGUCGGCUGAAUUUAUUGGAACUGCUACCAUUUACACCACCAUACGCAGAGUAGGAACAGUAUUACAGCUAAUGCACACAUUGAAAUAUUAUUACUGGGUCAUUAAUCCUGCUGACAGUAGUGGCAUUACACCUAAAGGAUUAGAUGGUCCCCGGCCGUCACAAAAAGAAAUUAUAUCCCUACGGGCAUUUAUGCUACUUUUCCUGAAACAGCUCAUACUAAAGGAUCGAGGGGUCAAAGAAGAUGAACUUCAGAGUAUAUUAAAUUACCUACUUACCAUGCAUGAGGAUGAAAAUAUUCAUGAUGUAUUACAGUUACUAGUGGCUUUAAUGUCAGAACACCCAGCCUCAAUGAUACCAGCAUUUGAUCAAAGAAAUGGAAUAAGAGUAAUCUACAAAUUAUUGGCUUCUAAAAGUGAAAGUAUUUGGGUUCAAGCUCUGAAGGUUCUGGGAUACUUUCUGAAGCAUUUAGGUCACAAGAGAAAAGUGGAAAUUAUGCAUACUCAUAGUCUUUUCACUCUUCUUGGAGAAAGGCUGAUGUUGCAUACAAACACUGUGACUGUCACUACAUACAACACACUUUAUGAGAUCUUGACAGAGCAAGUAUGUACUCAAGUUGUACACAAACCACAUCCAGAGCCAGAUUCUACAGUGAAAAUUCAGAAUCCAAUGAUUCUUAAGGUGGUGGCAACUCUGUUAAAAAAUUCUACACCAAGUCCAGAACUGAUGGAAGUUCGUCGUUUAUUUUUAUCUGAUAUGAUAAAACUUUUCAGUAACAGCCGUGAAAAUAGAAGAUGCUUAUUGCAGUGUUCAGUAUGGCAGGAUUGGAUGUUUUCUCUUGGCUAUAUCAAUCCUAAAAAUUCUGAGGAACAGAAGAUUACCGAGAUGGUCUACAAUAUCUUCCGAAUUCUGUUGUACCAUGCAAUAAAAUAUGAAUGGGGAGGAUGGAGAGUCUGGGUGGAUACGCUCUCAAUAGCCCAUUCCAAGGUCACUUAUGAAGCACAUAAGGAAUACCUAGCCAAAAUGUAUGAAGAAUAUCAGAGACAAGAGGAGGAAAACAUUAAAAAGGGAAAAAAAGGGAAUGUGAGCACCAUCUCUGGUCUUUCAUCACAGACUACAGGAGCAAAAGGUGGAAUGGAAAUUCGAGAGAUAGAAGAUCUUUCACAAAGCCAGAGUCCAGAAAGUGAGACAGAUUACCCUGUCAGCACAGAUACUAGAGACUUGCUCAUGUCAACAAAAGUGCCAGAUGAUAUUCUUGGAAAUUCAGAUAGACCGGGAAGUGGUGUACACGUGGAAGUGCAUGAUCUUUUAGUUGAUAUAAAAGCAGAGAAAGUAGAAGCAACAGAAGUAAAGCUCGAUGAUAUGGAUUUAUCACCGGAGACUUUAGUCGGUGGAGAAAAUGGUGCCCUUGUGGAGGUUGAAUCGUUGCUGGAUAAUGUGUAUAGUGCUGCUGUUGAAAAACUCCAGAACAAUGUACAUGGAAGUGUUGGUAUCAUUAAAAAAAAUGAAGAAAAGGAUAAUGGUCCAUUGAUAACAUUAGCAGAUGAGAAAGAUGAACUUCCUAAUAGUAGUACGUCAUUUCUCUUUGAUAAAAUACCCAAACAGGAGGAGAAACUUCUUCCUGAACUUUCUAGCAAUCACAUUAUUCCAAAUAUCCAGGAUACACAAGUACAUCUGGGUGUUAGUGAUGAUCUUGGAUUGCUUGCUCACAUGACUGGUAGUGUAGAUUUAAGUUGUACAUCAAGUAUAAUAGAAGAAAAAGAGUUCAAAAUCCAUACAACUUCAGAUGGAAUGAGCAGUAUUUCUGAAAGAGACUUAGCGUCUUCCUCUAAAGGGUUAGAGUAUGCUGAAAUGACUGCUACAACUCUGGAAACUGAGUCAUCUGGUAGCAAAAUUGUACCAAAUAUUGAUGCUGGAAGUAUAAUUUCAGACACUGAGAGAUCUGACGAUGGCAAGGAAUCAGGAAAGGAAAUCCGAAAAAUCCAGACCACUGCUACAACGCAAGCUGUUCAGGGCCGGUCUAUUACACAGCAGGACAGAGAUCUCCGCGUCGAUUUAGGAUUUCGAGGAAUGCCUAUGACUGAGGAACAGCGGCGCCAGUUCAGCCCAGGCCCACGCACUACAAUGUUCCGUAUUCCUGAGUUUAAAUGGUCUCCAAUGCACCAGCGACUUCUCACCGACUUACUGUUUGCAUUAGAAACAGAUGUACAUGUUUGGAGGAGCCAUUCCACAAAGUCUGUAAUGGAUUUUGUCAAUAGCAAUGAAAAUAUUAUUUUUGUACAUAACACAAUUCACCUCAUUUCCCAAAUGGUAGACAACAUCAUUAUUGCUUGUGGAGGAAUUUUACCUUUGCUCUCUGCUGCUACAUCCCCAACUGGUUCUAAGACGGAAUUGGAAAAUAUUGAAGUGACACAAGGCAUGUCAGCUGAGACAGCAGUAACUUUCCUCAGCCGAUUGAUGGCAAUGGUUGAUGUACUUGUAUUUGCCAGCUCUCUAAAUUUUAGUGAGAUUGAAGCUGAAAAAAACAUGUCUUCUGGAGGUUUAAUGAGACAGUGCCUGAGGCUAGUUUGUUGUGUUGCUGUGAGAAACUGUUUAGAAUGUCGGCAGAGACAGAGAGACAGGGGGAGCAAAUCUUCCCACGGCAGCAGUAAACCUCAGGAAGCUCCCCAAAGUGUGACCGCCACAGCAGCUUCUAAGACCCCAUUAGAAAGUGUUCCAGGUAACCUUUCUCCUAUUAAAGAUCCUGAUAGACUUCUUCAGGAUGUUGAUAUUAAUCGUCUUCGGGCCGUCGUCUUUCGGGAUGUGGAUGAUAGCAAGCAGGCACAGUUCUUAGCUCUAGCUGUUGUUUACUUCAUUUCGGUUCUGAUGGUUUCCAAGUACCGUGACAUAUUAGAACCCCAGCGAGAGACUGCAAGAACUGGAAGCCAACCAGGUAGAAACAUCAGACAAGAAAUAAAUUCGCCAACAAGUACAGUUGUGGUCAUACCAUCUAUCCCUCAUCCAAGUUUGAACCAUGGAUUCCUUGCCAAGUUAAUUCCUGAGCAGAGCUUUGCCCACUCAUUUUACAAAGAAACUCCUGCUACAUUUCCAGACACUAUAAAGGAAAAAGAAACACCAACGCCUGGUGAAGAUAUUCAGCUAGAAAGUUCCAUUCCACAUACAGAUUCAGGAAUUGGAGAGGAACAAGUGGCUAGCAUCCUGAAUGGGGCAGAAUUGGAGACGGGCACAGGCCCUGAUGCCGUGAGUGAACUGUUAUCCACUUUGUCAUCUGAAGUGAAAAAAUCACAGGAAAGCUUAACUGAGAACCCCAGUGAACUGUUGAAACCUGCACCAUCCAUAUCUAGCAUUAGUCAAACCAAAGGCAUCAAUGUCAAGGAGAUCUUGAAAAGUCUUGUGGCUGCCCCAGUUGAAAUUGCAGAAUGUGGCCCUGAACCUAUCCCAUACCCAGACCCAGCAUUGAAGAGAGAAGCGCAAGCUAUUCUUCCUAUGCAGUUUCAUUCCUUUGACAGAAGUGUUGUGGUACCUGUUAAGAAGCCACCUCCAGGUAGUUUGGCUGUAACCACUGUGGGAGCCACUGCUGCUGGAAGUGGGCUGCCAACGGGCAGUACUUCUAAUAUAUUUGCUGCUACUGGAGCUACACCAAAAAGUAUGAUUAAUACAACAGGUGCCGUGGAUUCAGGGUCCUCCUCCUCUUCCUCCUCUUCUAGUUUUGUGAACGGUGCUACCAGCAAAAACCUUCCAGCUGUACAAACUGUCGCUCCAAUGCCAGAAGACUCGGCUGAAAACAUGAGCAUCACUGCAAAACUUGAAAGAGCUUUAGAAAAAGUUGCUCCUCUUCUUCGUGAAAUUUUUGUAGACUUUGCCCCAUUCCUAUCUCGUACACUUCUUGGCAGUCAUGGACAAGAGCUAUUGAUAGAAGGCCUCGUUUGUAUGAAGUCCAGCACGUCUGUGGUUGAGCUGGUCAUGCUGCUGUGUUCUCAGGAAUGGCAGAAUUCUAUUCAGAAGAAUGCAGGACUUGCAUUUAUUGAACUCAUCAAUGAAGGAAGAUUACUAUGCCAUGCUAUGAAGGACCAUAUAGUUCGUGUUGCAAAUGAAGCUGAGUUUAUUUUGAACAGACAGAGAGCUGAGGAUGUACAUAAACAUGCAGAGUUUGAGUCGCAGUGUGCCCAGUAUGCUGCUGAUAGAAGAGAGGAGGAAAAGAUGUGUGAUCAUCUCAUAAGUGCUGCUAAACAUCGAGAUCACGUUACAGCAAACCAACUGAAACAGAAGAUCCUUAAUAUUCUCACAAAUAAGCAUGGCGCUUGGGGAGCAGUUUCUCAUAGCCAACUGCAUGAUUUCUGGCGUUUGGAUUACUGGGAAGAUGAUCUUCGCCGAAGGAGACGGUUUGUUCGAAAUGCAUUUGGCUCCACUCACGCUGAAGCCCUUCUCAAAGCUGCAGUAGAGUAUGGCACUGAAGAAGAUGUGGUAAAGUCCAAGAAAGCCUUCAGAAGUCAAGCAAUAGUGAAUCAAAACGCAGAGACAGAACUUAUGCUGGAAGGAGAUGAUGACGCAGUCAGUCUUUUGCAGGAGAAAGAAAUUGACAAUCUUGCAGGCCCAGUGGUUCUCAGCACCCCAGCCCAGCUCAUCGCUCCUGUGGUGGUGGCCAAGGGGACUCUCUCCAUCACCACGACCGAAAUCUACUUCGAGGUAGAUGAGGAUGAUCCUGCCUUCAAGAAGAUCGACACGAAAGUUCUUGCGUACACUGAAGGACUUCAUGGAAAAUGGAUGUUCAGCGAGAUACGAGCUGUAUUUUCAAGACGUUAUCUUCUACAAAACACUGCUUUGGAAGUAUUUAUGGCAAACCGAACCUCGGUUAUGUUUAAUUUCCCUGACCAAGCAACAGUAAAAAAAGUUGUCUAUAGUUUGCCUCGGGUUGGAGUAGGGACCAGCUAUGGUUUGCCACAAGCCAGGAGGAUAUCACUGGCCACUCCUCGACAGCUUUAUAAAUCUUCCAACAUGACUCAGCGCUGGCAAAGAAGGGAAAUUUCCAACUUCGAAUAUUUGAUGUUCCUUAAUACUAUAGCAGGACGGACAUAUAAUGACCUGAACCAAUAUCCCGUGUUUCCAUGGGUAUUAACAAACUAUGAAUCAGAAGAAUUGGACUUGACUCUUCCAGGAAACUUCAGGGAUCUAUCAAAGCCAAUCGGUGCUUUGAACCCAAAGAGAGCUGUGUUUUAUGCGGAGCGUUAUGAGACAUGGGAAGAUGAUCAAAGCCCCCCCUACCAUUAUAAUACGCACUACUCAACAGCAACAUCUACCUUAUCCUGGCUUGUUCGAAUUGAACCUUUCACAACCUUCUUCCUCAAUGCAAAUGAUGGAAAGUUUGACCAUCCAGAUCGAACCUUCUCGUCGGUUGCAAGAUCUUGGAGAACUAGUCAGAGAGAUACUUCUGAUGUAAAGGAACUAAUUCCAGAGUUCUAUUAUCUACCGGAGAUGUUUGUCAACAGUAAUGGCUACAAUCUCGGAGUCAGAGAAGAUGAAGUUGUAGUAAAUGAUGUUGGUCUUCCCCCUUGGGCAAAAAAACCUGAAGACUUUGUACGGAUCAACAGGAUGGCCCUGGAAAGUGAAUUUGUUUCUUGCCAACUCCAUCAGUGGAUUGACCUUAUAUUUGGCUACAAACAGCGAGGACCGGAAGCCGUCCGUGCUCUGAAUGUUUUUCACUACUUAACCUAUGAAGGCUCUGUGAACCUGGAUAGCAUCACUGACCCUGUGCUAAGGGAGGCCAUGGAGGCACAGAUACAGAACUUUGGACAGACGCCCUCUCAGUUGCUUAUCGAACCACAUCCGCCUCGGAGCUCUGCCAUGCACCUGUGUUUCCUUCCACAGAGUCCACUCAUGUUUAAAGAUCAGAUGCAACAGGAUGUGAUCAUGGUGCUGAAGUUCCCAUCAAAUUCUCCGGUGACCCACGUGGCAGCCAACACGCUGCCCCACCUGACCAUCCCUGCAGUGGUGACCGUGACCUGCAGCCGACUGUUUGCGGUGAAUCGGUGGCACAACACAGUAGGCCUCAGAGGAGCUCCAGGAUACUCCUUGGAUCAAGCUCAUCAUCUUCCCAUUGAAAUGGACCCCUUGAUUGCCAAUAACUCUGGUGUGAACAAAAGGCAGAUCACGGACCUUGUCGAUCAGAGUAUACAAAUCAACGCACAUUGUUUUGUGGUCACAGCAGAUAAUCGCUAUAUACUCAUCUGUGGAUUCUGGGAUAAGAGCUUCAGAGUUUACUCUACAGAAACAGGGAAAUUAACUCAGAUCGUGUUUGGCCACUGGGAUGUGGUCACGUGCUUGGCCAGGUCUGAGUCAUACAUAGGUGGGGAUUGCUACAUUGUGUCUGGGUCUCGAGAUGCUACCCUGCUUCUCUGGUACUGGAGUGGGCGACACCAUAUCAUAGGAGACAACCCUAAUAGCAGUGACUAUCCUGCACCCAGAGCUGUCCUCACAGGCCAUGACCAUGAAGUUGUCUGUGUUUCUGUCUGUGCCGAACUUGGACUUGUUAUCAGUGGUGCUAAAGAGGGCCCUUGCCUUGUCCACACCAUCACUGGAGAUUUGCUGCGAGCCCUUGAAGGACCAGAAAACUGCUUGUUCCCACGCUUGAUUUCCGUUUCUAGUGAAGGCCACUGUAUCAUAUACUAUGAACGAGGGCGAUUCAGCAAUUUCAGCAUUAACGGGAAACUUCUGGCUCAGAUGGAGAUCAAUGAUUCAACCAGGGCCAUUCUCCUGAGCAGCGAUGGCCAGAACCUGGUGACCGGAGGCGACAACGGUGUGGUGGAGGUCUGGCAGGCCUGUGACUUCAAGCAGCUGUACAUUUACCCCGGAUGUGAUGCUGGCAUUAGAGCAAUGGACUUGUCCCAUGACCAGAGGACGCUGAUCACUGGCAUGGCUUCUGGUAGCAUCGUAGCUUUUAAUAUAGAUUUUAAUCGGUGGCAUUAUGAGCAUCAGAACAGAUACUGAAGACAAAUGAAGAACCAAAAGCCAAGUCAAAGCUGAGAGCACAAGUGCUGCAUGGAAAGGCAAUAUCUCUGGUGGAAAAAAACUCGUCUACAUUGACCUCCGUUUGUACAUUCCAUCACACCCAGCAAUAGCUGUACAUUGUAGUCAGCAGCCAUUUUCCUUUGUGUGUUUUUUCACGACUGAACACCAGCUGCUACCAAGCAAGCUUAUAUCAUGUAAAUUAUAUGAAUUAGGAGAUGUUUUGGUAAUUAUUUCAUAUAUUGUUGUUUAUUGAGAAAAGGUAGUAGGACGCGUCACAAGAGACUUUUGACAAUUCUGAGGAACCUUGUGUCCAGUUGUUACAAAGUUUAAGCUUUGAACCUAACCUGCAUCCCAUUUCCAGCCUCUUUUCAAGCUGAGAAAAAAAAAAAAAAACACGUUUGAUACUUUGUACAUCAGAUGCAUCUUAUUUAAAGGGAUACUUUUAUAAAAGUAAAACCUUGUAUAAAGAACAAAACGUUUCUUAAUUUUAUUGUGGAGUUACAACUUGCAUGUUCUUUAAUCCUGAUGUCUUGAUGGAACAGGUGCAUUCACACUAUGAAACAGAAAGAUCUGUCCAAGGACACAGCUUGUAUGAAAGGGUUGAAUUUGGGCUCAAUCAGUAAUUUUUGACAUUCUCACCAAAUAUGGUUUGCACUUUUUAAUCUAAAUUCAUCCCUUCUAAGUGAAAUUUGCUCAUAAAGCAUUUGGAUACUAAGCCAUUAUUUGCCAUUUUUGCUACUUUAUGCAAAGAAAAUUCAGCCCUACCCUUCAUAAUUUGAAGCCACAGCAGAAAGGGGGCUUAGGGAUGAGGUCUUGGUUUUUAUCGUAUAAAUAGGAGUCACGAUCAUUAGUUCCAUAGUAAUGACUUCCCAACUCCUGGACAUCUCUUCCAGAGUCAUCCUGCUGGCUUAGUGUGUGUACAUUAGGGGUGGAGAAUCUGAUGCUAACUAUUUUUGGUUCUGUUUUUUGGUUUUUUUGUUUUUUGGGUUUUUUUGUUUUGUUUUUUUUCCUCCUUGGUUCUCAAAUAGCUUAGUUUCUUUAAUAAUGAGUCGGGCUUUAUUAUAACAAUAACUGAGGUUAUUCUUUUAGGUUCUUGUGCAAUUCUCACCUAAAGCCACAUUCUUAGCCUAAGGCAUUUCAUCUUUUAUGAUAUAAAAUGAUGGGUAUCAAAUGAUUUUCCAUACCUUGUACUGAUCAAGUUAUACACCCAGGGGUAUAUACACUUUAUUCAUGUUUCUUCUUUGUAUAUUUGGUGGCUGUAUCGUCAUAGAUGUACAUAUUGUGUCGGUAGGGCUAUGAGGCAUGUUCCAGGAAUGUAAUUUUCUCAGAAUUUAUACUCACUUGCAGUCAUUUAUUUAAAAAGAUACAACAAGAUAAUGGGUUCUUUGUAUUGGCACUUUGCACCAGAAACAUAUCAUUAUUUAUUGACGUGAUUACUUAUUUGUCAUCCACCUUGUAUUAGUAAGUUUUAGCACUGAAUUCCUUCUUCAUUGUUGUUUGUAUUUAUGAUAUUCUGAAAUUCUGGGGGAUCAGCGUAAUGAUUAAGUUAUUCAUCAUCAGGCUGUAAGCAAUAUCUUGAGUUUGUAGCUUAGAAUUGGGAGGAUACUGAACAUCUGGAAGACAAGUUCAUUUCAUCUUGAGAUCAUGGUGAAAUAUUUUGGAUAUAUAAAUUCCUUAAGCUAUUGUAACCAUGUUUUAUUGCAAAGAUGUAAAAUAUGCCAGAUGUGUGUGAGUUGGAAAUCAAAAAAAGAAAAAUAAAAUAUGCAAAGAAUUCACU